UCUCUCUCUCUCUCUCUCUCUCUCUCUCUCUCUCUCUCUCUCUCUCUCUCUCUCUCCACCAAGAAGAUGGAGGCGGCAGAACAAAGAAGAAAGAGGAAGCGAGGGAGGCACAUCUUGUUGAGCCUCUCAUCAUCAAGAUCACUCUUCCUCUGCUCAUCCUUCAUAAUCUUCAUACUCUUCAUGUCCUCACACCACCGCUUCUUCCUCUUCUUCUUCAACUUCAACACCGCCACCCUCCUCCGCCCUCCCCUCGCGCUCUCUCUCCUCUACUCCUCCGCCACCAGCAACUCCAUUCUUGACCCCUUAACGCCUCUCACUUCUUCCACCCCUUCCUUCACACUCCAACACCGCAUCCAAUUCCCCAACCACUACCUCCUCCUUCUACUCACCAACCACCACAUCAACCCCCACCAACUUGAAUGUGUCUAUUAUUACUACACAAACGCUUCUUCUUCUUCUUCUUCCUCCGGUUCAACUGAACCGCUUGUUAUUGAGGUUCAACCAGUUCUCUCAACCGACCGUUUUGAUGAAUCCCGAUCCAUUGCCAGGUGUCCCUUUCCACGGACCAACGGAACCGCCGUUGAUUUGCGCCGGCGGGGGGGCAACUUGAUUCGACGGAGUUCGUAUUUCACGACGAACCAAACGGUGGUUCAGUCUUGGGAAAAGGGGGUUUACGAGGCGAGCCUUGAUAGAGAGAGCAACACCGUUGUUGUGUUCGUGAAGGGUUUGAAUCUGAGACCACACAAGGUUUCCGAUCCGACCCAUUUCCGGUGCCACUUUGGGUUCAAGAACUUGAACAAAGACGGUUCGUUUUUGAUAACGACGAGGGCGGUUUCGGUGGCGCAAGAAGUUGUGAGGUGCUUGCUGCCGCAGGGUGUUAGGAACAACACUGAUAGGGCUAAAGGGGUUGGGGUUACUGUGAGCCAUUUGAGUGGGAAUUUCCGGCACCCGGUUCGGACCAUAUUGCCCUCUAUCGCUAGAAUUGAUGGAAAGGGUAAGAAAAAGAGGGGAAAAUAUGAGCUUUGUGUAUGUACCAUGGUGUGGAACCAGGGUUCUGCACUGAGGGAGUGGGUUAUGUACCAUGCUUGGCUUGGUGUGGAGCGUUGGUUCAUAUAUGAUAACAAUAGUGAUGAUGAUAUUGAGGAGGUGAUUCAGGAUCUUGAUUCUCAAGGGUUUAAUGUUACUAGGCAGGUAUGGCCUUGGAUCAAGACUCAAGAAGCUGGGUUUUCUCACUGUGCUUUGAAGGCUAGAGAUGAGUGCAAGUGGGUGGGGUUCUUUGAUGUUGAUGAGUUCUUCUAUUUCCCCAAUGAAUUCCAUCACCAACUUGGGCAGGGUGGUGGUCUUCCCGGUGAGAAUUCUCUGCGAUCGGUUGUGGCGAAUUACUCAUCUUCUCGGUCUAUUGCCGAGAUAAGAACAGCUUGCCAUAGCUUUGGUCCCUCUGGCUUGAGAUCACACCCUAAGCAAGGGGUUACUGUGGGAUACACAUGCCGGCUUCAGAGCCCAGAGCGGCACAAAUCCAUUGUGCGGCCGGAUUUGCUCCACGUCAGUCUCCUUAAUGUGGUGCACCAUUUUCAGCUGAGGGAAGGGUUCAGAUAUGUGAACAUGCCUGAAGGAAGUGCUGUGAUAAACCACUACAAGUAUCAAGUUUGGGAUACCUUCAAAGCCAAGUUCUUCAGAAGGGUUGCUACCUAUGUUGUUGACUGGCAAGAGGAUCAAAACAAAGGAUCAAAGGAUAGAGCGCCGGGGCUCGGCACGGAAGCCAUUGAACCACCUAACUGGCACCUCCGGUUUUGUGAGGUUUGGGACACUGGCCUGAAGGACUUCCUUCUGUCUUAUUUUGCUGAUCCUGUAACAGGGUUGUUGCCCUGGGACAGGUCUUUACUAUAGUGGACACUAAUCAAUCAGGGUGCUAACAUCUUGGUAGCUGGUACCCAUGUAAAGCAUAAUAUUCAUACCUGUAAUAGGCAGGCAUUCAUUCUUUUCAUUGAUUUUUUUACUUCAGGGGGCCUUUCUGUAACAAAAAUUUUGUUUUUCUCUUUGUUUUUUAAAUGAUUUUAUAGAUAUGAAACAGAAUCACAGAGCACAUACAGAUGUAUAUUUGCAGCAAUAUGAAUGAAUUUCCUUUCUUCUUAUGCC